AUGUAUCAAAUUGUUUCUUUCUUAUCGCAUUUCAAGUACGAAAAGCAACUGGUGCUGAACGAUGCCAAUGUAAUGAAUGCUGUUGGCAUUAGAGAAGAUAUGCGCUCUCGCAUAAAGAAACUUUAUGAUCGACUGGAGGCCAUUAGAGUUCGUAAAGAGAAGUGGCGAGAGGAGCAUCAUCUCAGUGAACAAAAUCUCGAGUCAGAAUUGCAUUGCUUGAGACGCGUGAGAGACAUAUUAUUGUCAUCAAGCAUGCAAGGUGAAGCUCCAGCAACCGUCGUUGAUGUGGAACAAGACAAACUGAUUGAACUUCGCCGUCAACGUGCAUGUUUACUCAUUCAGAAGUGUAAAGCAGCCGCCACUCUUCAACGAUUCACAGACCUGCAUACGUGCGUUUGA